AUGGAUCUUACACCACUACCCGUCAUACUGAAGACCGGAUAUCACCGAGGCUAUCCCUCCAUCUUUUACCCUCCAUCUCUACUAUACACAAUGCGCGUCUUCGUCACUGGCUCCACGGGCUUCGUCGGCUCCGCCGUCGUGGACGAUUUGCUCGCCCACGGGCACACUGUUCUCGGCCUCACGCGCAGCGACAAGGGUGCUGAGCAGCUCAAGCAGAAAGGCGCCGAGCCUCUCCGCGGCACCAUCGAAGAGCUCGACAUUCUCCGCAAGGGCGCCGCUGACUGCGAUGCCGCCAUGCACCUUGCCUUUGUCCACGACUUUACCCGCUUCGAGGAGUGCUGCGCCAAAGACCGUGCUGCCAUCACCGCCAUAGGAGAAGUGCUGGCCGAUGCCGUCGUCGCCGGCAAGGCCCGAGCUCUCAUCGCGACGUCCGGCACCAUGAUGCUGAAGCAAGGCCAGCUCGGUCACGAGGAGGACCCGGCAGACACGACCAACGUCAUUGCCGUCACGCGCGCCGCAUCGGAGCCCGUAUGCUUGGACUUUGCCAAGAAGGGCGUCCGCACCAGCAUCAUUCGACUGGCCCCUACCACGCACGGCAACGGCUCGUCUGGUUUCACGGGCAUGCUCGUCCAGAACGCCCUUCAAAAAGGUGUCGCUGCUUACGUCGGCGAUGGCACAAACCGCUGGAGCGCUGGCCACGUCGCCGAUGCCGCCAGGCUGUACCGUCUGGCGAUGGAAAAGGCGGUACCGGGAUCCAUUUACCACGCCAUUGCCCAGGAAGGAGUUUCUGUCAAGGACAUUGUCACCAAAGUUGGUGAGGUACUGGGCGUGCCUGUCAAGUCGAUCCCUGCGGACAAGGCCCAAGAGCACUUUGACUGGUUCAUUUUUGCCAUAAUGGCUGACAACCCAGCUUCCAGCAAGAAGACAAGAGAGGCGCUGGGCUGGGCUCCCACUCAUGGCACAGUGCUCGAUAGCGUCAAGGGGACUGUGGAAUGGGCCAAGGCGCAGGCUGCGGGAAACGCUCAGUGA